AUGAGCCGCAGCACGCGACCAUCAUUCGACAGCGAUUUCUCUCUCGACGACAACGACGAGGAAUCGCAAUGCCGCCAGACCUGUCGCCCACGAAGUCGCAUUCAAACUUUAAAAUACCUCUCUUUCCUCACCCUCGCCGUAUCCCUCAUCUUCUACCUCACACAUACCCCAACCUCAUCCCUCUCCCCGCCAAUCCUUCCUUCCUCUCCCUUCCUCGCCUCAGACCCCUCCAGCACCCCUCCACAAGAUAGCAAGUUCCGUUCCAAAAUCGGCAAAGCAACCGCCUCCUUCGGCCCCAAAGAUACCACCUACGAAGCCGCAAUCUCCUCGCACCACACUCAUGAUACCAUUCACAGCUACCCGCACUUUAUCCUACGCGAACGCAUGUUGCCGGGGCUAUGGUCCAAACACGCCUUCCUGCUCACCCUUCUCGGCACCGAACUGUCGAAACCAGCCGAACACCGACUUCACUGGCUCUUCUGGCACGACCGCGAUACCAUCCUCAUGAAUCCCAACGUUCCACUUGAAGUCUUUUUACCGCCACCGGAGAAGGAGGUAGGCGGGAACAGGACAGGAAGGGAUGUGAAUUUGAUAGUAACGAAUGACCGGCACGGGUUGAACAAUGGGGUGUUUUUUCUGAGGGUGAGUGAGUGGGCGGUACGGUUUUUGAGUGCGAGUUUGAGUUUGAGGGAGUGGGAUGCGCAUGUCACGCUCAAGUAUUCGGAGCAGAGUGCUAUGGAGAUUGUGGGGGGACGACCACACUUCUCUCCAAACAUCAUUCACGUCCCCCAGCGCUGGUUCAACGCCUACCCACCUCCCUCUACUACCUCUCCGCCACCAUCUGCCCCAUCCGCUGCGCGCAAAGGUUCACUUCUCAUCCACUUCGCUUCGAACCGCGACGGCAAGCGGCCCGAGCGCAUGGCGCAGUGGCAGCGCAUCGCCGGAUCCCCAGGUAACGAAUGGAACAAGCCGCUGAACGAGACACGGUAUAUUACCGAAAUCGACGAGUUUUGGCGGAGACUGGGUGAGGGUGAGGACGAAGGCGGGGUGGUGAGUGAUAUAGGGGCUAGAAAAUGGGAAUGA